AGGCUGCUGUACUAUUUAAUGACUUAAUAAAGGUCACGGUUUCUUUUUAUAUUGAUAUUUUUCUGAUCUCAAUCCUCCACCUUUUUGUCCCAGCUCAGACACCGUACUUCCUGGUGUGGGUGUGGACAACAGAUGACUACACAAAUAAUGGAGCAGAGGCUAAACUAGUCAGCUUCUUCCAAGUUAGAAAAAAAAAAUAGUUCAAAAUCGGAUCAGUUCCUUAUUCUCUUUCCUGGUUUGGGAUUGUAGCUGUGAUGCUUUGUCAUAAUGGGAAAUCUUUUUGGAAAAAAGAAACAAACUCGAGUGACAGAACAAGACAAAGCGGUUUUGCAACUGAAGCAGCAGCGAGAUAAGCUGCGUCAGUAUCAGAAGAGGAUCAACCUGCAGCUGGAGAAGGAGCGGCUCCUGGCCAAGCAGCUGCUGAGGAACGGCAAGAAAGACAAAUAGACGACAUGUUGGCCGGGUCUCUCUCCCAAGAGGACGAAGACGCCGUGCUGGCGGAGCUGGAGGCCAUCACUCAGGGAGACGUCGAGCUUCCCGAGGUUCCCGAAGACGAGCUUCCAGACGUCCCGGAGGCCGCCGAGGAGAAACCAGGUUGGUUCUCUCGAAGGCUUUUCGUUUUUUCUUCUAUUAUUUUUUUUAAUUCCCCCUCUGGCACCAAAAAGCCUCGAUGUGUUGUUCCGGUCGUAUUUUAUUGAGUCCAUGCCGAGUGGAAGUGUCACACACACAGCAGAUAGAGUUUGAGGACUUUGGAAUUAAAACAACAACACCCCCCCCCCCCCCC